AUGGGAAUUAAAGGAUUGACAAAAUUUAUUGCUGAUGCAGCACCCAACGCAAUUAAAGAAAUAAAAAUUGAAAAUUUGAUGGGGAGAGUAGUGGCUAUUGAUGCAUCCAUGUCUUUGUACCAAUUCAUAAUAGCUAUUAGAGAUUCAGAACAAUAUGGAAAUUUAACGAAUGAGUUAGGAGAGACAACUUCACACAUAUCUGGGUUAAUGUCAAGAAGUAUAAAGUUGAUGGAGAAUGGUUUAAAACCAAUAUACGUGUUUGACGGUGCGCCUCCUGAAUUAAAAGGAUCAGAAUUAGAAAAAAGAGGAGAGAAAAGACAGAAAGCAGAAGAGUUAUUAAAAAAAGCGAAAGAAGAGGGAAAUAUAGAAGAAAUAAAAAAACAAAGUGGAAGAACAGUACGAGUUACAAAAAAACAAAAUGAAGAAGCAAAAAAAUUAUUAACCUUAAUGGGGAUUCCAGUUGUAGAAGCUCCAUGUGAAGCAGAAUCUCAGUGCGCAUUUUUAACAAAAUAUAAUUUGGCUCAUGCAACAGCAACAGAAGAUGCUGAUGCUUUAGUAUUUGGGACGAAAAUUUUAAUUCGGAAUUUGAAUGCUAAUGCAUCAUCAUCUGCAAAUCAAAACAAGAAUAAAAAUUCUAGUAAAAGAGGAUAUAUAUUAACAGAAAUAAAUUUAGAACAAGUAUUAAAAGGUCUAAACUUAAACAUGAAUGAAUUUAUCGAUUUUUGUAUUUUAUGUGGUUGUGAUUAUUGUGAUACCAUCAAAGGUAUUGGUUCCAAAACUGCUUAUAACCUGAUAAAAGAAUAUAAUUGUAUUGAAAAAAUUAUAGAAAAUAUAGACAAAAAUAAAUAUCAAGUCCCUGCAAAUUUUAGAUUUGUAGAAGCUAGAGAUUCUUUUAUAAACCCAAAAGUUUUAUCAAAAGAGGAAGUUAAAAUUGAUUGGUGUGAACCGAAAAUUGAAGAAUUAAAAAACUUUCUAAUUAAAGAUUAUAAUUUUAAUGAAGUAAGGGUUACAAAUUAUAUUAACAGAUUAUUGAAAGCGCGAAAAGCAACUACCCAGAGACGUCUGGACAACUUUUUCACUGCUUGUACUAAAAAAAGUACUAAAUUAAUUAUAGAAGAAAGUCAAAAGGAGCUGAAACCAAAACGUAAGGGAAAAAAAAGAGACUUACCAAUUGAUGGUUCGACGAAGCUUAAUGCAAAACAGAAAAAGGAACAAAAUAAGAAAGUAAAAGUCGAAAAUGAAGACAAAAAGACGUCAAUUAAAAAUGAAUCCAAGGAGGAGCUGCAGAACCACCACAUGGAAGAAGCAGAAGAAGGAGAAGUAGAAGAAGAAGUAGAAGAAGAAGUAGAAGAAGAAAAGGAUGAUGCAAUGGGUCUGGCACCACCCUUUGAUGAAGAACAGGAUGAGGGGGAUAAUCCUAGUCCCAACUUCUUCCACCAUAAAUCGGACUCCGAAUCAGGUAAUUUAAAAAUAGCAGAAAUGGAAAAAAUGGAAGAAAUAGAAGAAAUGGAACAAAAUGUAAAAAACGAUAAUAUAAGCCCUGUGUAUAAUUGCACAAAUGGGAACGACACAUUAGGCAACAACACCCACCUAAGUAGUAACAGCACCUCGUAUAGUCGUAAUAGUUUAAAUAAUAACAAGAAAAUAGACGAGAGUGUGAAACAUUUAACUAAUGAUUCCCCAAGAGAUGACAACAAUCAUUUAUGUAGUAGUGAGUUGUUCCCUCAUAAUACCACCGAUUGUUUGAAUAACAAUUCGGAUAUGAUGCAGUCACAAGUUAAAAAAAAAAACAUUUUAUUUUUAUUGCCCUAUUGUCCAAAGAAUGUUACUAGUGUUAAGAAGAGGAAGUCUAUCCAGCGUUUCUAG